AUGUCAAAAGUUGUAAGAUCAUCCAAAUACAGACACGUAUUCGGUCAAGCAGCCAAGAAGGAGGAAACUUACCAAAACCUCAAAGUCACCAAGUCUGCUUGGGACUCUAACUAUAUUGCAGCCAACUCAAAGUAUCUCGCUGUCAUUUGGGAGUCUGGCGGUGGUGGUUCAUUCGCCGUCCUCGGUCACGACCAACUUGGUAAAUUGGAUCAAGCCAACAUCCCAUUGUUCUCUGGUCACAAGAAUGCAGUGUUGGAUCUUGCUUUCCACCCAUUCAAUGAGAACUUGAUUGCCUCUGUCUCUGAGGAUUGCAAUGUUAUGGUCUGGGGUAUUCCAGACACUCUUGCUGCAGUCCAUGAGCCACUCCAAACACUCUCUGGUCACAAGCGUAAAGUUGGUACCGCUCAAUUCAAUCCAGUCGCCAACAACGUCUUGGCCACCUCAUCCGGUGACUUUGCCGUCAAGACCUGGGAUAUUGAAGCCGGUAGCGUCUUGAACUCUCUCGAUGCCAGUCACACCGAUAUCAUUCUCUCUGUCGAGUGGAAUGCCAACGGUUCCCAAUUGGUUUCAACCUGUAAGGACAAGAAGGUUCGUCUUUUCGAUCCACGUUCCAACACUAUCUCCCACGAAGCCCUCUCCCAUCAAGGUAUUAAGGGUACCCGUGGUAUCUUCUUGAGAGACACCGUCUUGACUUGCGGUUUCUCCAAGACUUCUGAGCGUGAGUUCAAGAUCUUUGAUCCACGUACUUUUGCCGAGCCAUUGACCACCGUCACCAUUGACAGUGCCUCUGGUUUGUUGAUGCCAUUCUUUGACCCAGAUAACUCUAUCCUCUACAUGGCCGGUAAGGGUGACGGUAACAUCCGUUACUACGAGAUGGUCAAUGAAGCUCCAUACCACUACUACCUCUCAGAGUUCAAGAGUGCCACCCCACAACGUGGUAUUUGCUUCAUUCCAAAGCGUGCCGUCAACGUCUCUGAGUGUGAGAUUGCUCGUGCCCUCAAGGUUACCCCAACCACCGUUGAACCAAUCAGUUUCCGUGUACCAAGAAAGUCUGACAUCUUCCAAGACGAUCUCUACCCAGAUACCUACGCUGGUGAGCCAGUCCUCGAUGCUGCCGCCUGGGCUGGUGGUGCCAACGCUGAACCAAAGACCUGCUCUUUGGCCCCAGGUUUCACCCAAAAGAAGGUUGUCCAAGACUUCAAGCCAGUCGCUCAAGCACCAACUGGUCCAAAGACCGAGAAGGAGCUCCGUGACGAGUAUGAGAAACUCAAGACCCGUGUUGCUUACUUGGAGUCUGAAAUUGUAAAGAAGGAUGCCAAAAUCAAGGAAUUAGAAUCCAAAUAA